AUGGCCAAAAUUGUCUUUAUUACCGGCGCCAACACGGGCAUUGGGUUUGAGAUUGUCAAGGCCCUAGCUACCUCCGAUCAAUCCUAUAUCGUUCUCGUGGGAGGUCGGUCCCUAGAGAAGGCACAGAAUGCCGCAGCUACUGUCCAAGGCCUUCCCGAGUCAAGCAGCCAAUUUGUUCCCAUCCAAGUGGAUAUCGAGCACGAUGAUUCGAUCAAGCAAGCAUUCCACGAAGUACAAUCCAAGUUUGGCAAAAUAGAUGUACUUAUCAAUAAUGCCGGGGCCCAAUUCGAUCGGCAAAUCGAUCAGAUAGGGGAGCGCGAGAUGUGGAAUCGUACUUGGAACGUGAAUGUGACGGGCACGCAGAUUUUAACAUCGACAUUUGCUCCACUACUACUAAAGAGCGCGGACCCACGCCUGCUCUUUAUCACCUCGGGCACAUCGACGUUAGAGGGUACCGAGAACCAGAUGGUACCAGUGAAUCGAGUACCGGCCAAAGGAUGGCCCAAGACAGGGAUCAAUUUGCCGGCGUACCGCAGUGCCAAGACAGGCCUGAACAUGCUUAUGCGAGAAUGGCACCGCUGGCUGAAGGAAGAUGGAGUUAAGGUAUGGGCAAUUUCGCCCGGCCUCUUGGCCACCGGCUUAGGCGGCGACACCGAAGUAUUACGGAAGAUGGGUGCGCUUGAUCCCUCGAUAGCGGGGCCGUUUAUCCGUGGCGUCGUUGAGGGGCAGCGUGAUGCUGAUGUAGGCAAAGUGAUAAACCGUGAUGGGGUGCAGCCCUGGUGA